AUGGACUACAAAGAAGAGCAACAACAAGAAAUCGAAGUUCUAGAAUCAAUCUAUCCUGAUGAGCUAACCAUUAUCAAUGAUAAUUACCCCAAUAUUCAAUUUGAAGUUACUUUGAAACUUGAUGUGGAAAUUGGACUGGGUUCUUUAUCAAAAGAACACAUUAUUACAGUACAUUUUCAAUUACCAGAAAAUUAUCCUGAUGAGCCACCAAUUAUUCGUUUGAAAGCUCAAGAAAUAUCAUUGAAAGAUGACGAAGAAGAAGAGGAAGAAGAAGAAGAAAGAGAAUUCGAUGAGCAUGGUAAUAUAAUAGUUUCAAAACUAGAGAAUCUCCCUGAUAAAAUAUCUUUCCAGAAAUAUAUGCCAGUGCUAGAAUCCCAAAUAGAAUCCCAGAUUGAAUCCGAUAUGUUAAUCGGUAUGCAAAUGUGUUUUACCUUAUUAUCUACUACCAAAGAUAGCUGUGAGACUUGGUUUAGAGACGAGUUAAAGACUUUGGAGCAAGAAUAUGAAAAGAAGAGAGAAGAAAAGGAAAAAGAAGAACAAGUUAAAUUCAAUGGUACAAAGGUAACGAAAGAAUCUUAUUUAGCGUGGAGAGAAAAAUUCAGAAACGAGUUAAAAAUGGAUAGAAAAGACCAUGAAAGAAGGGAAGAAGCCCACAAUGGUAAACUAACUGGUAAAAUGAUGUUCGAACGUAACGUUGCAGGUACUAACGAUGAUAUAGAUGAAGCAGAAGGAGAGGUAGAGAAUAAUGAUAAUGAAGUCAAUGACAUCGCUAGUAGCUUAAAGAAAAUAUAG